AUGGUGACUGAAAAUUACACUGUGAACAAUGUAGACAGUUUUAUAAUCACUGGAUUUGAUCACCUGCAGAACCAAAAGCUCCUCGGAUUCCUCAUCUUAAUAACCUACAUGCUCAUAUUGCUUGGGAACGGCAUCAAUCUGUGUAUCAUCUUGACUGACAGACAUUUACACAAACCAAUGUACAUAUUAAUCUGUAAUCUAGCUGUUGUUGACAUAAUGUUCUCCUCAACCUGCAGCACAACUAUGAUCUCAGUGCUGCUGGCUGAGAUUAAAACUGUGUCAUACUACUCUUGUAUCUCAAGGACGUACUUCUAUCAUCUUGGUGAUAUCAAAGUAUGCCUGGCUCUGUCCUUAAUGGCAAUAGACCGACUUGUUGCGAUUAGGUUACCAUUAAGAUACCAAAGCAUUGUAACAAAUUCAAGAACAUUUCUGUUUAUUUUACUGGCCUGGCUCAUUGGUUUUACUAUAAUGGCUGUUGUGAUAUCUGUGGUAGACAGUGCUCCAUACUGUCAGCCUGUUAUCAGAUAUGUGUUCUGUGAUUAUCCAUCCAUGAUCAGAGCUGCUUGUGUCAAUCCUGAACCAUAUUUUUUAUUGCCUGCAAUGAUUACUCUGUGGUUGUUGUGUGGACAAUUUCCCUUUAUUAUGUGCACUUAUGCUGUUCUGGCAUAUAGUGUGACUAAACUCUCCAACAACUCAAACAGAAAGCAAAUGAUCAAUACCUGCUCCAGUCACCUCAUUGUCUUGUUUAGUUAUUUGGCACCAAAGCUGGUCUCUGUUUUACUAACUCGAAUAGGUGUUGUGCUCAAUUUAACAGAAAGGAAUGCAGUAAUGAUCGUAGCCUCUCUUGUUCCUUCCUUAAUAAACCCCACUGUUUAUUGCACCAGAACUAAAGAGAUCAGGAAACGAUUAUCAGAUAUUUUUUUGCGCAAAAGAAUUGUACCAAACCACUUACAGGUUUUAUCAUAA